UAGCGUUGUGAUUAUGGUGUAGUCAAGAACACAUAUGCCUCUUUCUCCUUUCUUCAAUAAAGCUUUCGUUCACCAUCGAGUGUGGCGGCCGUCGGCGACCUGCGCUUCUCUCCCCUUCACUUACAGACGUUACUAUAUCGGACAUAUAGACCGGCAGUACGGCCUCUUUUCAGUCAAUACCGUUUAAAAUUGAUCAACAUGGCUUCUCCCUCAGUUCUCAUGGUUGCAGAAAAGCCCAGCAUUGCUCUUUCAAUUGCUUCUAUACUCUCCGGUGGUCGGAUGUCCACCAAGAAGGGUAGUACCGAGGUCCAUGAAUUUGAUGGAAUGUUUCUUGGAUUUCAUGCACAUUAUAAAGUGACAUCAGUAAUUGGGCAUAUUUUCAGUGUAGAUUUUCCACCAAAAUAUCAAAAUUGGACAGUCACUGAUCCUAUGGAUCUUUUUCAAGCUGACAUUAUUAAGACUGAAACAAACCCUAAGGCUCAUAUUUGUAGGCAUUUAAGUCAGGAAGCUCGUGGCUGUGGUCAUUUGGUAUUGUGGUUGGACUGUGACCGUGAAGGAGAAAAUAUAUGCUUUGAAGUGAUUGAAUGCAGCGGUUUCCAUAGAAAUGAUGCUAGAAGAAAGGUUUAUCGUGCAAGGUUUUCUUCAGUUACUGAGAAAGACAUUUUGAAGGCUAUGGACAACCUUGCUCAACCCAACAGAGAUGAGGCAUUAGCUGUAGAUGCUCGGCAAGAGAUAGAUUUAAAAGUUGGUGUUGCAUUUACAAGAUUUCAAACUAGCUUUUUCCAGGGAAAGUACGGAAAUCUUGAUUCAAGAGUUAUCUCCUAUGGGCCUUGUCAAACUCCUACCCUUGGCUUUUGUGUACAACGUUAUUUGCAAAUUGCUACUUUUAAACCAGAAAAUUUUUGGGCAUUGCAGCCUUACAUAAUAAUUGAUGGCUAUGAACUUCAACUAGAAUGGGAACGUCGCAGGUUAUUUGACUUAGAUGUUGCUACGAUGUUUCAAAAGCAGGUAAUACAAGAUGGAAUAUUAGAAGUGAUUGAUAUAUCAGAGAAACAGGAAAGCAAAAGUCGCCCUUCUGGUCUGAACACAGUGAACCUUCUAAAGGUUGCUUCAAGUGCAUUAGGCAUUGGACCUCAAACAGCCAUGCAAUUAGCUGAACGCUUGUACACUCAAGGAUUUAUCAGUUAUCCGCGUACAGAAAGCACAGCCUACCCUUCCUCAUUUGACUUCAAAGGCACACUUGGUGCACUGGCAAACAAUUCAAUGUGGGGUAACUGUGUCCGGAGAUUGCUUGCUGAGGGCUAUCAAAAACCUCGAUUAGGAACUGAUGCAGGUGACCAUCCUCCUAUUACUCCAAUCCGUUUAGCACCUGAGGAUAUGCUAGGCAAAGAUGCUUGGAGACUAUAUCAGUAUGUCUGUCAACAUUUUAUAGCGUCUCUGUCUCCUGACUGCAAGUAUGUAAGGACUAAGGUGGAAUUUUCUGUUGGGAGAGAGUUCUUCCAUUGCAUAGGGAAGCAUGUUACAGUGGAAGGAUUCACGUCUAUUAUGCCAUGGUUGGCAGUAAGUGAUAAAAAUCUUCCUCGAUUUGCAAUGGGGGAGAAAAUAGAAGUUUCAAAAGUGGAGCUAUUUGAGGGCAAAACUGCUCCUCCAGAUUAUCUCAGUGAGAGUGAACUGAUUUCUCUGAUGGAGAAGAAUGGAAUAGGCACAGAUGCUUCAAUACCUGUACAUAUUAACAACAUAUGUGAGCGUAACUAUGUGCAGGUACAAGCUGGCAGGAAGUUGGUUCCAACUACGUUAGGUAUCACCCUGAUAAGGGGCUAUCAAUGCAUUGAUCCGGAUCUAUGUUUACCUGAUAUUCGUAGUUUCAUUGAGCAACAGAUUACCCUUGUUGCCAAGGGCCAGGCAGAUCAUUCACGUGUUGUGCAGCAUGUACUACAACAAUUCAAGCAAAAAUACUGUUACUAUGUUAAGCAGAUCGACAAGAUGGAUGGAUUGUUUGAAGCACAAUUCUCUCAACUUUUUGACUCGGGCCGUGUUCUUAGUAAAUGUGGUAAAUGCCUGAGGUACAUGAAGUACAUUUCUUCUAUACCAUCACGUCUUUAUUGUGGUACAUGUGAGGAGGUUUAUUAUCUUCCUCAGAAGGGCACAAUCAAGCUAUACAAGGAACUAACAUGCCCUUUAGACAACUUUGAGCUGUUGAUAUUCUCCAUGGCUGGGCCAGAAGGCAAGACGUUCCCUUUCUGUCCACACUGCUACAAUAGUCCUCCUUUUGAAGGUAUAGAUACAUUGUUUGGUGCAAGUGAGACUGGUAAUUUCGGCAAGUUAGGGAAGGGAGCAGGUAUGCCAUGCUUCCUCUGCCCACAUCCAACAUGCAGACAUUCUCAGAUAGCUCAAGGAGUUUGUGCUUGUCCGGAAUGCAGUGGAACACUUGUUUUGGACCCAUUAAGUGCACCCAAGUGGAGACUUUAUUGCAAUAUGUGCAAUUGCCUUGUCUUGCUCCCUCAAGGUGCUCAUCGGAUAGCUACUACCCGGGAAAGGUGCCCUGAAUGUGAUUCAACAAUCAUAGAAGUGGACUUCAAUAAGAAUACAACGCCAUUGGAAGAUGGAGCUACCUUGCAUAUUGGUUGCAUUCUUUGUGAUGAUUUGCUUCAUUCACUUGUGGAGGUGAAGCACGGUAAAUCAUUUUUUAAACGCUUGGGUUUGAGUGGAAGGGGAAGACGAACAGGGAGAGGUGGUUACAGGGGAAGAGGACGGGGUUUUGGAAAAAGAGGGGACCUGAAAAUGAGCUUUCGGGAUUUCUAAUAUGCUCUAGAUAAAAUAAAUUAUUUUCAAUAGAACCUAUUUAUAUAUGUUUAGAUAAUAAUAUAUAUAUAUAUAUAUAUAUAUAUAUAUAUAUAUAUAUAUAUAUAUAUUUCAUAAUGUUUCAUCUUUUUCGACUUUCUGACUUUCUAAACAUAAUUUUCCUUUCAUUUUGCUCAUUGUUCUGCUAUUAACCGAAGAGAGAAAUGGGAGUAGAGUGAAGGAGUGGAGGGAAAAGAGAGAACUCUUUACCCGUCCAUCAAACGGUUCCCAAGAUGGAAAAAGAGAACGAAAAAUCAAACUAAAUUUUGAUAAAAUGAAAAUCAAGUUUCUAAGUUGUGACUAAUUUGGCUUAAGGGCAGACCUCCAUGGUUAUAAUGCGACCCGGCCUUCUGGGCAUAUUAAAGAAUUCCCGGCUAUGACCCAAGAAUAAUGGGUGGCCAUGGUGUUGUAUUUACCUUGAGAGUUGAGCUCCAAGAUGCCUGUAAAUGAACCUGCAAUUCCAUCAUUGAUCACGUCCGUCUUUAUAUAUUUCUCCGGUGUGUA